GGCGCUUCUUCCAUUAGUUCAAUGGCCGGGUUGAGGAACCUGUUUGUUCGGCCGUGCAUUAGUGUGUAUGGGCAGAAAAGACGCGUAAUUGAAGCGUCGGCAUGGCUACCUACAGCUCAAGUGCGCCUUGAGAGAUGCUUUAGUGCUGGCAAGCCUUCUAGUGAUGAAGUUAACAAAGCACAUCUUGCGGAGGAAGCCAUAAAGAAGUAUGGGGUCAUAUCACCAACUAUUUUCUCAAAAAUUAUAGACAAAAGUCUCCCUGCAGACAUUAUUUAUGAAGAUGAUAAGUGCCUUGCCUUUCGAGACAUCAGCCCACAGGCUCCUGUGCAUUUUCUUGUUAUUCCUAGAACUCCAAUUCCAAGAAUCAGUGAAGUGACCGAAAGUGAUGGACAGCUCCUCGGUCACCUUUUAGUGGUAGCAAAAAAUAUUGCAAAGAAGGAGGGUCUUGUGGAAGGAUACAGAAUAGUUAUUAAUGAUGGGAAGAAUGGAGCUCAAUCUGUGUACCACCUUCACAUCCAUGUACUUGGAGGGAGGCAGAUGAAGUGGCCUCCUGGCUAAGAAGAAGCAGACAGUUUCUUAGAAAACAAAUGUGAUAUCCCAAAGAAAUUGGACAGAAUGAAAUGCUUUCGUACUUCAUAUUUUCCUGAUGCUAUUCCUGCUGGGAUAUGUAAAAAUGUCUGAUACUAUGGAUUUCGCCCUGGUAUUGAGUUCACAAACAGUCAUCCUAGGAAUAAAAUGCCAUUUACAACCUAA